CAAUAAUGGUGCUUUCACAGUUCCACAAAUUUGUCGUUCUGGCAUUGGUGGUAAAAGUAAGUUAUGGAACGCCACGCAUUCCGGACACAGACCCAAUUUUUCACGAUGUAUUUCCGCAAUAUUUUUCUUUCGGAGUGUCUACAGGAGCUUACCAUCAUGAGGGAGCAUGGAACGACGAUGGCAAAGGCUUGAGCAUUUGGGAUUACUGGGUACAUAACAAUCCUUACGCUGUUGUUGACGGAUCUAAUGGUGAUAUAGCCUCGGAUGCUUACCAUCAUAUAGAGGAAGACGUAAAAAUUCUAGACCAUUUAAAUGUCAGACAUUACAAAUUCUCUCUGUCCUGGUCAAGAAUACUUCCAAAUGGUACUGGAGAUAUUAACAGGGAAGGUAUCAAACACUAUCAGAAGCUAUUAAAACUACUAAACAAAAAGCACAUCGAGCCGAUCGUUUGCCUUUACAACUCCGAUCUUCCUCAAGCCCUCGAAGACCAAGGAGGCUUCCUCAACGACAAUUUCCCGUUGUGGUUCUUGGAAUACGCCAACGUAGCGUUUGACAAUUUCGGACCAAACGUAAAAUACUGGUUAACGUUUAGCAGUCCCACGGAAAUUUGCAGCUUGGGUUACGGAGAAGGAUCCAUUGCACCAGGUGUCAGCAACGGUCCCGGCGUCAACGACUACAUUUGCGGACACAAUCUACUCAAAGCUCAUGCGGAAGCUUACCACUUGUACGACGAGGUUUACAGGAGUUCCCAAGACGGUAAAAUCGCGAUAGAUAUUAACUCCGUGUGGUUCGAGCCGGCCUCAGAGAGCCAAUGUGACAUCGAUGCAGCUGAGAGAAGACAGCAAUUCCAAAUUGGUUGGUUCGCCCAUCCCAUUUACGUUGGUGAUUAUCCUCCGCUCAUGAUAGAAACCAUCGGGCAGUUAUCAGAAUCGCAAGGGUUCUACGAUUCGAGAUUGCCGAGAUUUACGAGGAAAGAAAUCCAGUGGAUCAAAGAUACGCACGAUUUCUUUGCACUUAGCUACUUCAAAACUAUGUUAGUGACGGAUAAUGAAGACCAAUAUUAUUUAUCGUCGCCUUCCUACUACAGUGAUACUAAGGCUGAUGCCGUAUUUUACUUGGGGGAUGACACCUGGGGAAUUAAAAAGGUCAUCCUGUGGGUUCAAAAGCAGUACUCAAAUCCUUCAAUAUUCAUCGUGAAUAACGGCUACGUAUCUGACGAUUGUACGACGGAGGAUUACGAUAGAAUUGAGUAUAUUAAAAAAAUACUGAUCCAUAUUAGAUCGGCUAUGGUUAAUUACGGCGCACGUGUAUACGGCUACACUCAUUAUUCCAUAUACGACGGCUUCGAAUGGACAUUGGGUUACACGGUAAAACUAGGAUUGUACGCCAUCGAUUUCAAUAGCCCGAUGAGAACUAGAACGCCAAGAAUAUCAGCUGAUUAUUACCAAAAUCUAUGCAGAUACGGAUGCAUUGAUUAUCCAUGCCCUCCUCGUUAUACUGUUUAAAAUAAUUGAAAUAAUUCAAUUAAUGUAAUUAUCUUUACCUACAGCAUGUAAUGAAACAGUUUUAAUGAAAUUAAUCAAGUACA